AUUUGAAUGUCCGCCAACUGACUGAAGUCGGCUUCAUGAGGUACAAGGAUGUCCUAUUGCAAGAGGUACCGUAUGAGCGAGAUCUAAUGUUCCAGUCUCGUAUCCUUCCGUCGGACAUCUUUCAGGCGAACAGUUGCUAAGAAAGGUCGUAGCCAGAUGUAAAAGGUUGCCCCUACCGACCCAACUUCAAUACGAAGGAGAUAAACUGGUAGGAGGGGUAUAACGUGGAAGAGAGCGUUAGGUUCGACAGAUCUAGGGAAGGCAGAUAUGUUUCCCCAUGCUUCAUGGUUUCACUGAUCUCAAGCCUCCCCCACCACGUUCACUUAUAUCUCAACUACUCGACUCCCGAAUACGAACGUACUCGACUUCGGGAGGACGUGCUUUCUCUUUCACGCAUCCCUUCCCAGCAUGCCUACUAUAAAGCAGCGCCCGAGGCUGCGUGCUUCCCACUUCUCUUCAUCAGAGCUCGCACAGCACGCCCUCAACUUCCUACUUGCAACACGGAAGCUCCUGAGCACCCGCUCGAAUCGACGCAUCCCAACGAGCUUUUAUUCCACCCUUCGACCGUUCCGGCUGUCUCCCGAGGGAGUUCACUGCAACAGAGCAAGCACAACAACAUGCCGUUGAAGCUGUUCAGUAAGUUUACCACCUCUAAGAACGCCGAGAAGGCCCCAAAGACGCCGAACGAGCACACGACAUCCACAAUGUACCGCCCCUCCGGAGGCAUUACCACCAUGCCCGAAACCGAAAUCAACGCCGAAGCCGAAGCGAUGAAGCAUACCCGCCAAAAGUCCAGCCUGCGCCACGCCACUGUUCCCUCCGCCCCUACUCCAGAGGCCACCGCAGCCGCACCCACAAUCGUCCAGAAGCCGGAGACCCCUGAUCAAAACCGGUCCAUAAGCGCACCCGUAACAGCGUCGUCGACAGCUCCAACAACCCCGAACCAGUCCGAGAGCAGCAGGACGACGCCAUCAACAGCACCCACCACCCCGACGUCAUGGGAUACGCUUCCGCGUUCUAUUCAGUACCGCCCUCGGGGCGUCUUCUCCGCGCGGCCGGAUGUCGUUCCUGUUGACGCUGCUGGGAAGGAGAAGAAGCACGGGAGGUUCUGCAAGAUCAAGACGGCGAUCAAGAACAAGUUCGUUCGGGGUAAGAAGACAGAUACCGGACACCGCCAGGGGCAAUGCUGCAAGCACAAGAAGUUUCGUGACGGACGGUGCAAGAAGUGCAGCGCGAUGAAGGGUGAGGUUGAGGGCUUACUGGAGGCUGGGGCUCACUGUGCCCACGGUGGAUGUGCUGGCUGCGAGGAGUGCGUUGACGGCAUUGAGAUGACGCUGGCUCCUUUUCAUGCUCCCCAGCUUGAUGCCUUCCGCCCGAUCUCUGACUUCAUUGUGGAUUUCCCCAACCUCGGUGCUGUGGAAGACACAACGACCGACGAACCUAACACUGGGGAGGUUGAGAUUCCCCCUGUCUCUGACGAGCCUCCCAAGAUUGCUGAACUGCGACCCAUCCCUGAUCUUGUAGAUCCCUUCGGCGAAUUCGUCACAGUCCCAGACGCCAGCACUGUCGAUGAAAACAGCCCAACUUCAUCGCACUUCACACAGGGCACACUACCCACGGAGGUGACCCGCCCAUCGACUGCCGCAACGGGCAACGCCGCGCCCGAGAUCCCGCCGAACCCAGCAGUAACGUCUGACCUUUCCGAAGCCGAGAACCAACGCACUCCUUGUCCUGAUCGAUCGAGGGCUAAGACACAGGAGUCGAGCGACGACCAGGACGGGGACGAGCAUUUCAGCGACGCUGAUCCUGACUUCAAGGUUACCCCUAGCCUCAAAGGCAAACUUUACGAUGGGGAUGGAGAUUGGACAGUCUACGAGGAGAACGCUGUAGCUCGUGCUGUUACUAUCACGAAGGUGCGGGCUCGAGAGGUUACUAUUGCUCCGCGACGACGAGGCCGCCACCAUCGCCACCGCCGGGUGCAGGUCACUGAGGAGCAAUCUGUCGAGCUGCAGGAUGAAGUUGAAGAAGACAUGCUGGUGCGGACUGGAGAGGCUGCUAUCCGUCGACGACGCUGCAGCCGCGUGCAGAUGGCGUCAAUCACCGAGGCAUGGUCUAUCCAAGAGCAGCAGCAGGACGAAGCUCAAAAAGAUAUGCCAGUGCAGACUCGAGAGGUUACUAUUCAUCUACGACGCCUCAGCUCCAUGAAGACCGCUCCGGCCACCGAGGAACAGCCUAAUGAAGAGCCGCAGGACAAAGCUAAAGAAGAAACUCCAGUGAAGGCUGGAGAAGUUACUAUACCUCCACGACGCCGCAGCUCCGUGCAGACCGCUCCCGCCACCGAGGAGCAUCCCAAUGAAGAGCAGCAGGAAGAAGAGACGACGGAGCAGUCCACCGAGGACUGGGAGAAUCAGAUCUAUCGGUUAGAGGCAGAGGCAGCUCAGCGACGACCACCUCGCAUCAUCUACUACCCACCAACAGCCCUCCAAGCAGCAGCGGGAAUUUCCCGCCAACGCCUCAACAUCUGGCGCGCCUUGCUUCCACCCAUGGACCACUUGAUCCCGCCGGGCCUCCUUCGAGACUUUGCUACCGGCCAGAAGAAGAAGCUGUGGAUGCAGAAUCCGAAGACGUUCUACAGCCCGAUUAGUCUGGGAGCCGUGGUUGCGCACCAGCGACGACUAGCCGCUAAAGCCAAGGGAGUACAGGUCUCAUCUAGGCUGUUGGCAGAUGUGGUGAAGUACCCGCGCCUAGCUGGAGAAGGACCCCAUCUCCCGUCAGGUUCAAACGUUGAAGAGAUGCGCCCCGUGAUAAAGCUCCCCGAAAACGUCGUCGAGCUCAUCGUCACCAGCGCCCUAGCCGGCAGCCACAAAUGCCAGGCCACGCUCGACGCAAUGCACUCUCUCCUCUUGCCCUCCAGAGCUCUCUGGACCCGGCGAGGCCGCUGUCCCAUCCGUUGCGCAUACUGCGUCAUCGAGCUGUGGCUUCUCGUUUACUGCAACCACGCGACCCAAGCAAUCGCGGAAGCUGUGCAGAAGCAGUUCUUCCCGAAGGCGGGGGAGAAGACGAUGAAGCGGGCAGCUUUCAGCAAGUUCAUCAAUGAGCGGGCGAGGAAGGGCGAUCUGAGGGAGAAUGUAGCUGCAAAGGUACAGGCGCUGAUUUGGGCGUAUGGGAAUGUUGCGCCGCUGCUACGACCGACUGGCGAGAUUCAGGUCCAAGAGAUUGGUAACUGGCUGGUCGAGCUACACCAGGACACCGUGCUCGUCGAAGACUUGUCAAUGACAGAGGUUGAAGAGGAGGAGACGCCCGGUACAUUCGCUCAAGAGAUCCUGGAUGACAUGACUGACCCCGAAGGUGAUCAGCAAGCGCCAGAACCCACACCUAUCCUUCAACCGGCAGCACUCCAUCGAUCGGCAUCAAGUAUUGAUCUGGAUGCUGGAACCAUCGAAGAGUCGCAGACGCCAAAGCGCCGCAACACGCUCCCACGCACGCGACGAGACUCGCUCAGCCUGUUGAAGAUGCGCGCGGAUCCAUGCACGAACGCCGAAGCCGACAUUAAGGAGUCUCCUGCCGAGGCCUCGGAAGAACACACUCGCACUCGAGAGCCUCCCACAACCUCCCUGAAGGACUCCGCUCAGGAUCUCUCCACCAUUCAAGACGGAGAUACCGACGUACAGCACCCCGACCGAGCAAACGCUCUCAUGUCUUUGCACCGCCUUGCGAAACACCUGCAUCGAAGGGGUGGUCGCCGGCGUCUGGACUCCGAUCCAGACUCAGAUACCGACUCCCCCUCCAUCGAGAAGGUAGGCGAAGAAGUCCCCAAUACCAUCACCAAGCUCCGACGAAAGCCGUCGCACUUCCUGACCCGCCUCAUCCAGCGCGUCCAGGACACGGCGAAGAAACAGGAGGAUGAUACAGUGUCGGUGGCUAGCUUGGACUAGGCUGAGCGGAUGAGCGGAAUAGCAAGGCGACACGGUAUGGGUGAGUGUGAAUAAACGGCCCGCCUGCCUGCCUGCCUGCCUGCCUGUCACAGACAACAAAAAAUAAUGACCGAAUGAUACUACAGCCAAAAUGACGAAACG